AUCGAGUCAAGGCCGUUUGCAGGCGAUGUGGAAUUAGUCUUUUUGCAGAACACUGCUACUUAUGGUCUCUAGCACAUUUCCCUUCUAAAAUGAGUUCAGAAAUGUCAAGUUGGUAGAUAGAAUACUUCAUAACAUGUAUAUUACAGAGUCAUACCAGAAAAAACUUCAGAAGAUCCUGCGUAAAAGGGAGAAGCGGAAACUAGAAAAGGGUCGAAGAAAGGCAGCUUUACGUGAAAAGACGAAAGCAGCUGUAGCGCAAAAUUGUUACCAUAGCAAAAAGUUUCAAAAAAUGGAAAUCUCUCAGAAAUUGGACAUGGCGUUGAGUGACGGAAUAAAAGUGUACAUAGACUGUUCUUAUGAAGCUCUCAUGUCCCUCAAAGAAUGCAAUAAGUUCGCUCAGCAGCUGUGCCGACUCUAUGGUGCUAACAAAAAGGCUUCAACACCCCUAAGCCUGCAUCUUGUGAAUUUUUCUAAUUCGGGAACUUUAUUCCAAGCAUGUCAAACUAAAUGUGAUGGAUUUUCAAAGUACAAGAUUGGAUUUCACAGUGGAACAGCAUCUAGCAUAACUGAAGAUGAUGUGGAGUUGGUUUAUCUAAGCCCAGACGCACAAGAACCACUCUUAUCUCUCUCCAAAAAGUGUGCUUAUGUGUUGGGAUGUCUUGUAGAUGAACACAUACUAAAGGGUCGCAGUCUUCAAGAAGCGGAGCUGCAACGUUGUCGUGCCGUACGACUUCCAAUCCAGGAGUUUUACGAUCAAGAUACAUCAGGAAGGAAAUCUAGUCCUGUGUUAGCAAUCAAUCACGUCAUCGACAUCAUGUUAGCCUACAUUGCAAACGGCGGUGACUGGAAAGCAGCAAUAGAAGCCGGUAUGCCAAAACGAUUUAAAGUAGUGUAAACAAUUCUUAUUAUUAUCUACCAAAUAUAAAAAGUUUAUUUUACUGAAGAGUGUCUUUUUUACAAUUUACAUGGGUAAACUUUUGUGGGCAUUGGAUGUAUUAUAUAUUCACUUGGUUGCACGUACAGAGAGGCACAAAGCAGUGAGGUAAUUUGAUUUGAUAAUCAUCGC